GAGAGAAAAGAUUCGGAUAAAACAAAACCGUUAACAGUCGAAUAUUCUUAUCCCACUGUGAGAACGCAUCUCGAAGGGGACGGACACUUUUUUUCGCUCUGAUCCUACGUUCCGCACUGGAUCACUGAGAGUCGUUUCAACUCGUGCUGGAGGAUAGUGUUCAGUGUCUUCGCGCAGCUCACUGGGAUUCAAUAGUUGGACACUUGUUGCUGAACACUAUUUUUGGACUUGAGUGAUAUUCUCUAAGUGCCAUGAUUAGUAAUUGGAGGCUUAUAGUGCGGUUAACGUUGGUGAUAUGUGCGUGCAAAUUGACCGUCGGUCAAGGAAUCAUCACCCCCAGAUAUGCCAUCCUUCAACGAACACAUUUCGAAUGGUUACCCCAGAUCACGGAAUAUGACAUGGACCAGGCUUUUGUUGUCGCCGAACAUGUUAUCAAAGCCAAAAGAGCUCACGAAGAGAAGAUAUUUAAAGGAGGCCGACUCAUGAAACCCGGGCAAUAUCCGUCUUCUGCUCGACAUCAGAAGCUUCUCGCCCCGCACCCGAAAUCUUCUAAGAUGGAAAGAGUGACAGAAAAGUUUGAAGAAGCUACCAAUGUCAUUAAGGAUAUGUUCAGCCUGACUAAGGAGCAGGUCACUCUGGCGCUGCCACACGAAGAGCUCAAAGGUCGAGAGGCACUGAAGGCAGCGGAAGAGUGUCACAAGGAGUUCAUGUCUAACGGAUGCGCGGACUCCAAAUACAGAACCGUUGAUGGCAGCUGCAACAAUCUCCACAAUCCAACCUGGGGGAAAUCGCAGACCUGCCUGCAGAGGUUACUUCCUCCAGAUUAUGCUGAUGGUAUCUCUGUGCCUCGUGUAUCUAAGUCAGGAAAACCUUUACCACCACCACGAGUGAUUUCUCUCUACAUUCAUCGACACAUGGAUCGCCCAGCUCCUGACUUCACUCACUUGUUAAUGGCUUUUGGACAGUUUGUCGACCACGAUAUUACACUCACUCCUAUAACUGGUGGUCCUCAAAUGAUUCAGUGCUGCCCUCACGACAACGCCACCCAUCCUCAGUGUUACCCGGUUCUGCUACCUCAAGACGACCCUUUCUACUCAAAAUAUGGUCAAGAUUGCUUGAAUUUUGUUCGAUCAGCACCUUGUCCUCUCUGUACCUUAGGUCCACGACAACAGAUGGAUCAACUGACAGCUUUCAUUGAUGCUUCAACAGUUUAUGGAAACCAAGAGAAUGAAACUGAAGCUUUGAGAUCAUUCAGAGAUGGUAAACUGAUUGUCACAAAAGUUCCUCAUACUGGCGAUUUGCUACCUCAGACUGAUGAUGCCAAAAAUGAUCAGUGCAGUGUGCCACAGAGGAAUCUGUUUUGCUUUAGAGCAGGCGAUGUCAGAGUCAACCAACAUCCAGCUCUCACUUCACUUCACACGAUAUGGAUGAGGCAGCACAACAGAAUAGCCGAAGGAUUGAAAAGUGUGAAUCCUCAUUGGGAUGAUGAAACACUGUUUUGGGAAACAAGGAGAAUAAUUGGAGCCCAAUUCCAAAUGGUGGUCUUCGGAGAAUAUCUGCCUGUUGUCCUUGGUUCUCACUACAUGGAUUUCUACAGUCUCUGGGUCCUAGAGAAUGGCUUCACGCAAUACAAUUCCAAAAUGGAGCCCACCAUGAUCAACGAGUUCUCCACAGCCGCCUACAGAUACGGCCAUUCCUUGAUCGACGGACUUUUCAGCGAAAUCCAAGAGCAUUCUGGUCACAUCUCCGGCAUCAUGUUGAGGAAUUACUUCUUCUUCCCAUUCGAACUCUACGAUGGUCAGCUGGAUCCACUCAUGAAAGGUCUCACUUUGCAGCCUUCUCAGAAAUUCGAUCCAUACCUUGUGCCAGACGUCAGGAAUUUUUUGUACAGACGACGUGGUAAUGCUACUGGUUUAGAUUUAGCCGCCUUCAACAUUCAGAGAGGGCGAGAUCACGGUCUCCAGGGCUACACCAGCUACGUGCAGUAUUGCUUCGGAGUGGAAAUCAAAACAUUUGAAGACUUGGACAGGUUUAUGACUUCUGAAAGGAGGAAGAGACUACAAGACAUUUAUCAAUCUGUUCACGACAUUGAUUUAUUCACUGGUGGCACUGCCGAAAGUCAUGUUCCUGAUGGUAUCGUUGGACCAACAUUCGCUUGCAUUAUCGGUAUUCAAUACUACCAUCUCAAAUUUGGCGACAGAUACUACUUCGAACAUCAUGGUGAAACAGGAUCUUUCACAUUAGAGCAACUAGAUGCUAUCAAAAAGACAACAUUUUCUAAAAUCAUCUGUGAAAAUACACAUAUCCACGAAAUACAACGCCAUGUGUUCAGGUUCCCUUCAUCUGGAAAUCCCGUGACUCAUUGCCACGAUAUGCCAGAUUUGGACCUAAGCGCAUGGGAGGAUUUUGGACACAAGAAGAAAAAGUAGACUUAUCUUUAAACAAAGAAUCAAAAAACCAACCUCAUCUUUGUACCAAACAGCCAUACUUUAGGUUUUUUUUAAGCUUUUGUAAUUUACUGCCACAUCACAAAGCUCUUGCGCGGGAUUCGAGCAUCGCCUGACUUCGGGGAACAGGCUGGACUCAUUGCAUCUAGUCUACUGUAACGAGUAUCUGGAAUAUACAGGCGAAUGAGAUUAUGCAACUCGUUAUAGAAUCGACUCCACAAUCAGCAAUUUCAUUCCAUAGUUUACUUUUGUAUGAAUGCAGAACAUUUUAAAGUUCACCCCUCUUCAUUACAUACAUUGUAUUCCUUUACUCUACAACGAUAUAAAUAGGCCUUCUAUUCAAAAAUUAAUACAUAUUUAAUAUUUCUUGAUUUUUAUUCAGCAAUUAAUGUAUCUUUUAAUAUAACUUCAUAGCUUACAAUUUAGAAAUGUAGCCUUAAUUUAUUAUAUUUGACUCGAAGUUUGCCAAAAAGAAUGUUUUGAAUUCGAAUGUUGUUUGUUAUAAAUAAAUGUAUGUUGUUACUUGAAGGAACAGUGGUAAGAUUUUUUUCCUAAUCAUAUGAUGCAAAUAUAUUCAGUUAUUUAAAAUGCUUCACAUUGAAAAUUAAUUUGAUUGUUGCAAUUUCAUUUAAUAUUUCUUUUUAUCUAAAACAAAUAAUUUUUUAAAUAUUAUAUGAAAAACUAAAUAUCUAUUAAAAUAAUCAAACCUAAAGCAAUUCAGAAAUUUAUAUUUCAAUGUUUAAUAACCAUACGAAAAUAUAUAUGUUUUGCAUAUAUUGAAUGUUUGAAAUAUGUGCAAAAUAAAUGCAAAAACUCAAUAUCAAUAUACUCAUUGCUAUUUAAUUUUUUUUCUAUUUAAAUAAAUUAUUUUUAAAACACUAGUAUCACUUUAACUGCUUAUCUUUUACACCUCGAUACAUAAGAUAUAAAAUUUAUGACUGCCUCCCUCCCACUACCAGAUUUUGUAUACAUUUUUGUACAGAAAAAUAUAUUUUAUACAUAUAUAUUACUUGGAAUGUGUUGACGCAUACAUGAUGUUAAUAAUAAGUAUUGUGUAUUAUUUAUUGAAAAUUGUAUGAUUAUAUAUAAAGCUAAUUUUUAAUAUCUGCAACAUGUACUUAAUUUUAUACGAAAAAAGUAAAUGUAUGUAGAUGGGUAUGUACUUAUUUUUUAGCUGUGUAAUUAGCGUAUCUUUUAUUAUUGGAAAACAGAGUGUUGAUUUAAAUUUAUAUGAAAAUGUUACUAUAUUUUGCUUUUUAUUAUUUACAGUUGUUGACACAAUAACUGUAAAAAGAAAUUGUUGCUAUAAUAAUAUUACAUGUACGGGCCAAUCUCUUUGUAUAUUUGGACUAUAUGUUUGUGCUUGUUUUGUUUUUAUAA